GUGAAGUUUUGUAAUGGCAGCUUCCUAGCCAGAGCGUGAACGUGCUUUUCCAUUCCACUCUCUUGUCAAAAAAUGGCGAGCGACCAGGUAAAGGUCCUGAAGGAAAAAGCCAAAGAAGCGAUCGAUAUCUAUUCUCCUGAAUUAUAUGAAUUGAACAAAAUUGUUUGGGAAAACCCAGAGCUUGGUUUUCAGGAGAGAUCAGCUCACGAUCAGCUGACAGAGUUCUUGGCGAAUCAAGGCUUCGAUGUAACUCCUCACUACACUUUGGAUACGGCUUUUCGGGCGGAAUGCGGAGAGGAUGGAGGUCUUACAAUUGGACUGAUUAGCGAAUAUGAUGCUUUACCGGAAGUAGGACACGCUUGUGGACAUAAUCUGAUCGCUGAAUCGGGAGUAGCGGCGGCUUUAGGUAUACAUACAUACAUACAUACUUUAUUUAUUCCAGAAGCAGAUGAUAACUAUUAUAUACAAAUAAAACUAAAAAGAAAAUACUUCUAGAAAAGGAAGUUAAGAGGUUAUCCCUGUGUAAAAACUCCCUUAAAAGAAAAGACAAAAUAUAAAUCAAAAUCAUUACAAUCAAAUAUUUAAGUACGAUUUAAGUUUAGAUUUAAAAUGCUGAAAGCUGUCAGCUUCCACUAUAUCACCCGGUAACUCGUUCCAUAAUUUGACAAUCCUAAUAAAAAAGAAUUUUUGUAACAAUUAAGUCUAGCUGGUUUAAUAUAGAGUUUGUAUUGAUGAUUUGCUCUCGUAGACCGAAUCGUGGCAAUAUCAAAGAAGUCUUCAAAAUUUAAAUGAUAAAAACCAAAAACUAUCUUAUAACAUUCGACUAAAGAUAAGUAAGUUCUACGGUCAGAGAGUGGGCCAUUUUAACAGUUUGCAUCGGUCUUCAUAGGACAUUUCUCCUUUGCGUUGAUUUAAAGCGAGUCUUGAGGCUCUUCGCUGUACAUUUUCAAGGGCAUGGAUGUCCUUAACAAGGUAAGGACACCAAACAGGUACCGCAUAUUCCAAGAUUGGCCGUACCAGAGACAUGUACAGCAUAGAAAAACAUUUUGUUAGCGGUGCCUACUGAGCGUUUAAUGGAACCUAAAACUUUGUUCGCUUUAUUGACAGUGAUACUUAUGUGAUGGCCCCAUGAAAGAUCUCUAGUUAGUGUGACACCGAGAUCUUUAAAAUUAGUCACGUCUUUCAGGGGCUUUUCUAAGAAAUAAUUAGUUACCGACUUAUCGCGUAAAUGCGUGAUUCGCAUAGAUUCGCAUUUGUCUGCGUUGAAACGUAGCUGCCACUUACGAGCCCAUGCGCUAAGAUUAUUAAGAUCAUCCUGAAGAAGCUGACUAUCUUUUAUAGGGUCAAUUAUCUCUCUGUAGAUCUUCGUGUCGUCUGCAUAUAAUUUUACUGUAGAUGAUAAGAAUUCAGAUAUGUCAUUAAUAUACAAUAAAAACAAUAGGGGCCUGAGAAUGGUUCCCUGUGGAGUUCCGGAGGUAACGCACGACCAAUCAGAAUAAGAUCCCCUAACGACUACACGUUGUUUGCGCCCCACCAAAAAUGUCUCAGCCAGUUGAGUAAACAUUCGUCGAUGCCGCUACAUUUCAAUUUUAAAAGCAGUCGCUCAUGAGGAACGCUGUCGAAGGCUUUGGCAAGAUCCAGAAAAACAACAUCGGUAGGAGUGGAUGAAUUACGGGAUUUCGCCCAGUCAUUAAACGUUGAUAACAUUUGAGUUGUAGUAGAUCUUCCUCGUAAAAGCCAAAUUGGUUGCUAUUGAUAAAGUCGAUUUCGCGCCAGAACUUAAUCAUCCUAUCAAAAACAAUUUUUUCACAGAUCUUACAAGCAAUUGAAGUAAGGGAAAUUGGGCGGUAAUUUUCUCUCGAAGAUUUGGAACCCUUCUUAUGUAGAGGAGUAAUGUCGGCAUGUUUCCAUUCCUCAGGCAAAAGGCCAAGAGACAACGAUUUGUUUAUCAUAUACGUUAACGAAGGUGCUAAUUCGAAGCACACGACUUAAAAAUGCACGGCGCGAUAUGGUCAGGCCCAGGAGACUUGUUGGGCUUGAGUUUCAGAAGAUGGCGUUUGACCUCAUUGACAGAACAAUCAAUUUUCGCAAGUUUCUUGUCAACAGUGCAGUCUUGAGUGGGAAAAUUUGCAUAAUCUUCGGUAGUAAACACCGAAGAGAAAUAUGAGUUCAUACUCUGAGCAAUACUGAAGUCGUCAGUCAGAGCACAUCCAUCGACGCUUAUAGAGAUGAGAUUAUUAGUGCCUCUUCUCUUGGACUUAACAAAAUUCCAGAAAGGUUUCGGGUUUUCAUUUUCCUGUAGAUCAAGUGCAAGUUUCUUUAUAUACGACCAUCUAGCUGUGUUACAAAGUCUCUUAACAGAAUUGUUGAGUUGCCGAUAUUUUUCCCAAAUAGUUGAAUUGUUUUUUCUGCGAGCUCUAUUAUACAAUAAUUUCUUCUUUUUGCACAAAACAAUAAGUUCCUGUGUAAUCCAGGGGGCACUGGAUCUCUUUUUAUUCUUGCGUUUGGGAAUGCACUCAUCCACUGCUGUAAAUAACAAGUCUUUCCAGCAAGCCCAAUUAUGAUUAAUAUCGCUGUCGAAGAAGGCGCAAUGCCAUGGAAUAUAAGAUAACAGCGAUCUUAAGUGAUCCCAGUCGGCUUUACCAUAGCAAUACAACAACUUCUGUGAUUUACGCUGGACGUAAGGUAUACCAGAUAACGAGAAGGAGAUAGAAUUGUGAUCUGAAAAGGGUUCUCCAACAACCAAAUGGUUUACGAGGUCGGGCGAAGUAGUGAGAACUAAGUCUAGGAUGUUCGAGUCUCUGGUAGGUUCAUUUAUCAACUGUGUCAAAAAAUUGUCUUGGACGAUGUCCAUCAUGAGUGUGUAAAUAUCAGAUUGACGCAAGAAUCUGUUAUUCAACCAAUCAAUCUCCGGAAGAUUGAAAUCGCCAACAAGAAUCAACUCGUUCGUCGAAAACUCUUGCAAAACAGCUUGUAAGUCCUCUAAAGGCUUAGGAUCGUUAUUGGGAGGACGAUAGAAAACUCCCAAAGUGACUUUGCGAUUGUAUGAGAAAAGAAGAUCGACGAAGAUGAACUCUGAAUCGUUCUGUGUAGUAUCACGGGGAACCGCUUUGAUGUGUUCUCGCGUAGCAAUCAAUACCCCGCCUCCAUGACGUCCAUUGAGCUUUCGGUCCCGCCUAAAUACCGAGUAGUUACUAGGAAAGAUUUCACCGUCAGGGAUGGAGCUGUCCAGAUGAGUUUCAGUUAAAACAAUUAUAUCAUAGCCCAGAGCGGCAAUGGCUAAAUCCAAUUUGCUUGAUUUGUUGACGAUGCUUCGUGCAUUAGCAUAAAAGGUUAGAAGACGAGAGGACUUUUGCUGUUCCGUAAAAUUGUGCCGCUCGGCUCCAUUUGGACCAGGAUUUGGGUUUACGUCGCCGCUCAACUGGAGAAGAAUAGUUUGGUAACUUGCAACAGAGUUAGGAUAAUAACUGAUUCUUGACGAAGAAAAACCUCUUCGAAGGAUUGGCAAAACAAUAUGUCGCCUAGUCCAGGACGCUGUGAAGAUAUUUAAGUUCAUUGAAACUACAAAAUCAUCUUGUAGAACCAAGAAGAAAUCGUCAGCUAAACGCGGGAACAUUUGAGAUUGGCCCUGAUCAGUCGUUUUUCCGCGAUAUAGAAGAAUUAAACUGAGAAUAAAACAAAGAAAACCGGAGAAUCGAAAUGAGUGACCGUCAGCCAUGACGCCUCGCCUCUCUCUCUCCUCUCUCAUACCAUAAAGGUAUGUUUAUGUUGUCAUUUGCUUGACGAACUUCUACCUGCCCAAUAAAGCGAUCCAUAUUUAUGGGGCGCGUAUUAACCUAUUUUCUCGUUUAUUUUCUCAAUUAGUUCAAUUCGAAACUGAACCGAGCAAGGGAACAUAAUGAGGCUCAAAGAAAUUUGUCGGGUUUAGUGCGCAGGAGUCAGCUUAGAGAUACCAAAACUGGGAUGAAUGUGGCACAAUAGAACUAGAUCGGAGUUCUUCCUUGAGUAAUUCCCUAGUCUGCAAAGUAUGGUAGGACUUGACUAUGCUGUAGUUAUAUUAGUGUGCAAUCCAGCGAUUCUAGCGUCCAAAGUGGAUGUUUAAAAGAAUUUGUGUAUACACCUUGCUGCCAUACUCUGCAGACUGGAUAAUUCCUAAAUAUAGAUAAAGUGAGAUAUCUGGCGUGUGCAAACAUUCCCUCAAUGAUAUUUUCUAUUGAUCCUAAAUUGUUCAUCCAGUUUGAAACUCCUUGAAUUGUUUUUAAUUCUUAGGUCUCAAGAUUGCUUUGAAUGCCAUUAAUCAGAGACCCAAAGUCAAAAUAGUUCUCCUUGGAACUCCUGCUGAGGAAGCAAAAGGUGGCAAGAUUUUAAUGAUCAAGAAUGGUUGCUUCAAAGAUCUUGACUUUUGUAUGAUGGUUCACCCUAGCCCGGUGGAUGUUCUCAAACCAGUGAUUUUAGCUCGUGAAAGUGCUACAAUUACCUACAAAGGUCAUGCUGCUCAUGCUGCCGCAUUCCCUUGGGAAGGAAUUAAUGCCCUUGAUGCAGCAGUCAUGGCUUACACAAGCAUAAGUGCACUAAGACAGCAGAUGAAACCCACAUGGCGUGUCCACCUUAUUAUUUCUGAGGGGGGUGUUAAGCCAAACAUCAUUCCUGACCGAGCUCAGCUCCGAUGUUCUGUUCGAACUAUGAAUGACAGUGACCUUGAAGUGUUAAAAGAAAAGGUGAAGAAUUGUUUUGAAGCAGCCGCAUCAGCCACAGGUAAGUAACUUAAGCAAACAAAUCAUGGUAGAGUUGUUCCUAGUACUCUGUUUGUUUUUCUAUAUACUAUGUUUUUUUAAGAAGUAUGAGGGCACACCUGGGUAGGAACCCAUUUUUCUAAAGGCUAAGUGACUGAGACCUGUAUGGAGAAAUCUGGAGAAACAAAUUUACUUCCUCAAGGAUCUUAGCCUCUCCCUCCAAAUUUCUUUUGGAAAAUCCUGUUUGGUCUUUCCCCCAAACUUAAACAGGGGUUUCAAUAACUUUUUUCAUAAGCAUGCCCAGAUUGUGUAUUAGGUGGCCACACCUGAAAAGGAUCAUGAGGCUAAACCCAUGUACAAGAGCCUGCUCGCUGGCUAAACAGAUGGUGAUAAGAGGUCUUUUAGGUGUCAUUAGACUGCCAGUGAUGGACCUCUAUUGAAACUCCUGGCUUAAACAAGAAUACAAUCACAAUGGAUCAAACAACCCAAUUUUUUUUUCCAAAAAGAGAAGGAAGUUUGGUCUGUGCCAGGAAGAAUCUUGUAUUAAGAAGGUGAGUUAGCAUAGGAUGCACCCUAAUGUUUAAAAUUUGUUCUUUUCCAACAGGCUGCAAAGUUUCCAUGGAAUGGGAAACAGCCACUAAAUAUUCACAUCUGGAAACCAACAACACCCUUGCUGAACUGUACCAAGCCAAUGCUGAGUCCUUAGGAGUAUCAUUUCCACCUGAGGCAAAGUUCUCAGCAUCCACUGAUAUGGGAAAUGUUUCACAUGUAGUUCCUUCUAUCCAUCCCAUGUAUUCUAUUGGCACAACUGCACCCAAUCAUUCUCAUGCAUUCACAACAGCAGCAGCAACAGAGGAAGCUCAUGAGAAAACUUUGAUUGCCAGCAAGGCAAUGGCCAUGACAGCUAUUGAUGUAUUGUGUAAACAAGAUUUCAUGGGUAAAGUGAGGAUUGACUUUAAACAACCAAAUGAGGGUGAAAAUUAACUGUCAUCGAUGGAAAAGUGGAUAUAAGUCAGUAAAGGUCAUUAGAGACAGUCUGUGCAAAAUUACUUUUCAGUAUAUAUAUUCUAGGGUAAAUAAUUGACUGUGAGUUCAGUGUGGAAUUGACAAAUUGUUGAUUGAUGCAACAUGUAUAUAAAACUAUGGUUUGAUGAAAUUUUCAAAUACACACUGAAUUUUGAUGUGACUGAUGUGCUUGAUGUGGUUUGAUAAGGAAAGAAUAAAUAAUGACAGAUAUGGGCAAAAAGUGACAAUAGAAAUAAUUAAAGCAAAGAGAAAGUUUUCAAAUAUUUCUAUGUGGUGAUGAUAGAAAAUUUUGGACUUGAGUGGAGUUGACCUUUGCUGUAUUUAAAAGAGUGAUUUAUGUGCUAUAAUUUGAUGCAGAGUAAAUUUGUUAGAUGUGGGUGAGUAGGAAUAUUUUUCAAUCGAGUUCACUGUAACACAUGAAUGUGCUCUCACACCUUUGACAUCCACAAAGUGUACACAGUAUUUCAGUACUGAAACAGAGGGUGCACAUACAACAGGCAACACAUAUAAGGUCAAGGUUGGCAGGAAUUAACUGUUUGAGGGAAAGCCGUGGUGAGGGAAAAGUUUCAAGUUGCCAAGAUCACAUCAGCCAUUUCAUCAUUUUUCAUGUCAGAAUCCAAAAACUGGCUUUGUGUUUUCUGCUGCUUACAAAGAAUAGAAUUAAGAUUCACAGGAUAUAAUUUUUGAAGUAUUUUUCUUAAAACAUGCUGUGAAAUCUCAUCCUCUCAGUGAGACUUGUAUUUAAAAGCCUUAUGAAAGCAGCUUUAAACGUACCUCAUCACUAGUGCUAAUAUUUAAGGUGCUUUAAAAUACAAAGAUAACUGUAGAGUUGUCAUUUAAGACUCAGACACAGAGAAGUACUCUCAUUCAUUUUAUGUGUAAUCCUCCUUUAUUCUGCAUAAUCCCUUUUUUUAUUCCGUAC